AUGAAGACUCUCGCGUGGGCAUCUACCCUCCUGGGCCUGGCCUCGGCCGCCCAGCUGCAGCAGGUCUCCGACUUUGGCUCCAACCCGUCCAACGUGCGCAUGUACGUCUACAAGCCCGACAACCUGCCGGCCAACCCACCCCUCAUCGUCGCUGUGCACUGGUGCAGCGGCACCGCCCAGGCCUACUACAGCGGUAGCCAGUACGCCAACCUAGCAGACCAGCAUGGCUUCAUCGUGGUCUACCCCGAGUCGCCGUACAGCGGUGGCUGCUGGGACGUCAGCUCCGACGCAUCCCUCACGCACGAGGGUGGCGGUGACACCCAGGGCAUCGCCAGCAUGGUCAAGUACUCGAUCAGCGAGUACGGCGUGGACGCCAGUCGCGUCUUUGUGACGGGUACCAGCUCAGGCGCCAUGAUGACCAACGUCCUGGCCGCAACGUACCCAGACCUCUUCCAGGCCGGCUCCGUCUACGCCGGUGUCCCGGCCGGCUGCUUCUACACGGGCACCGUCAAUGGCUGGAACUCGACCUGCUCCGGGGGCAACUCCAUCGCCACGCCGGAGCAGUGGGCCUCGAUCGUCCACGACAUGCACCCGGGCUGCCAUGGCGAGUAUCCCCGGAUGUACAUCUACCACGGUUCGGAGGACGCGGUGCUCUACCCGCAGAACUACGACGAGACGAUCAAGCAGUGGGCGGGCGUCUUUGGGUAUGAUCCCGACGCCCCCAUCGAGACGAGCCCCAAUGACCCGGCCUCGCCCUACACCAAGAGUGUGUACGGGGACAAGCUCGUGGGGGCUCUGGGCGCGGGCGUGUCGCACAAUCUCCCCCGCUUUGAGCAGGAGGAUAUGGAGUGGUUUGGCAUCGUUUAG